UUGUCCAGCCCACACACAGUCGGUUGAGGAAGUAGCCGCUGGGUUGCUCCAUGCACUCCGCAGGGCAGCGUUAAAGCAAAGAAACAAUUUCCAGAGGAUCCAGUAAGCGGGAGCAACAGCAGCAAUGAAGCUUCGCCUUCACUUCGUAGUGGAUCCGAUGGGCUGGCUCUGCAUCAGCAUGGUGUUUGGGAUCUGGCUCUACAACACGUUCUUCGUUCCCAAACUGGUGCUGCUCCCACACUAUGACGAAGGGCACAUCCCCUGGGCCUUAGUUGUUUGUUAUUACCUAGCGUCGGCUCUAUGUGUGAUGGCCCUGUUCAGAGCUUCCACCGCAGAUCCCGGCCGUCUUCCUGUGGAUCCACAUAUACCUCACUCUGAAAGAGAACAGUGGGAGUUGUGCAAUAAGUGCAACUUAAUGAGACCUAAAAGGUCGCACCACUGCAGCCGCUGUGGUCACUGUGUGCGCAGGAUGGACCACCACUGCCCCUGGAUCAAUAACUGUGUGGGAGAAGACAACCACUGGCUCUUCCUGCAGCUGUGUUUUUACACUCAGGUCCUCAGCUUAUUCACACUGGUGCUGGACUUUUGCCAGUACUAUUAUUUCCAGCCCCUGACAAGACUAGACCAGGAAAAGUUUACGACACGUCAUGAACUGGCUCUGCUGCGAGUUUCAGCGCUCAUGGGCGUGGUCAUGUUCGGUGGCAUGUCGGGCUUGUUUUACACGCAGAUGGCUGGCGUCCUCUCUGAUGUGACCACUAUUGAGAAAAUGUCUCAGUUCUCCAGUGAAACAUAUGGGGCAAAACGAACGUGGCAGUGGGCGCUCGCUGAGGUUUGUGGGACGCGCUGGAAACUUCUGUGGCUCCUCCCGCUGCGCAGCAGACAGCCUCUCCACGCCGGCCACCGCUACCGCAGCCACGUGUAGCUCUGUGGCUCUACAUUCCCCUUCCUGCCUGCACUUUCGGUAGAAGUUGCUACACUCCACAUAUUCCUAAAACAAACCUGUCUGCACACCUUCACCGCCCUCCACUGCGCUACGAGAGCUGGGCACCAGAUACUUUACUGUUAUCUUGUUUUGUUUUUUCUCGAUUUUAUUCAGUUUCUGUCCAGAAACAGGGUCACAAACACUAUUUUGGAAUGAUGGAAAAAUGUUUUGAUCACUGUGACUGCUAUUUUUAGCAUCUGGAAACCACCUUUAAUGGUUAUUUACAUGAUGGAAGCAGUGGGGCAUCUCUCAGGUUACGUCAUAAAGAGCCUUCACUAGUAAUUAGCUACAGACAGGAUAACUACAAAUCUGUUAAAGAGUUUAAUUUUUUGUAUAAAUUUUGUGCCUUGUUUUUGUUUUUGGUACUUUUUAUUUACCACAUUUUAGAAAAGGGUUUGAAGUAUGACUACCUUCUAAUGAUUCAUGAAUGUUUUCUUUCAUUGUUUUACUGUGGUUUUAACUACAACGUGUGUAUUUUUAGGAGCAUAAUGCCACUGAACAAAGUUGAUACCUUUCAAUCUAGAGACGUCGUAUGACGACUGAGAGCACUUACGCAAAAACAAGCUAAUAUAAUCACUUCUUAAUCGUGACUUUCGUAGUUAAUCCUGUUGUUAAAUAUGAGUUUAAUAUUCACUGAUCAGUGGUUGUUUCCUGUAUAUUAUUUGCCAAAUUAUACUGUUAGAGAUACCUUGAGUCAUGAAAUGUUCAAGGUACAGUCAUAAGAAAAAAAAAAUUAUCUCUUAUACAGUCAUGGGACAAACUAAGUUCACUCACUGCAUAAUUUAUUAGCCAGUAAAACCACCAUUAGCAGCAAUAACCCGACUUUAUCAGUCACUCAGCAUCAGUCCAGUGAGAAUUGUAGUUCUUAUUUAUUGCUCAUCCACUACACCACAUCAAUUAGGUUGACGUCAGUAACCAUAGCUACACCUUGAUUCUAAUUACCUAAUUGGCUAAUUUUUCUCUCUGUCCAACCUUUACUGUAGGACAGAUUAAACUUUGACAUACAGAGGAGUUCAGGGUUCUGUGGCCACCUAACAAGCCCAAAUCAUUGCUCUGAUUGUCAUAUGGUAUUGGGGUGUAUUUAUCAAUACGGCACUGUGUGCUAUGGUCAAAUAUCUCUGCUUUAAUCUCAAUUAUAUCUUGUGGUUUAUACCAUUUUUACCAUUCCUGGAAUGAACUUUUAACAUUUCACACACAAACUGAUGGAUGGAGAAUCUGCAAUUGGGCUCUUGUUUUGUGUUUGUCAAUUUCUUUGAGCGUGAACAGUCUUUCUGGGAUGUCCACUCAGGGGAAUUGUCAACUGACUUAAAAGAUUUGCACCCUGAAUGAUCUUUAUCUCUGUAGAAUAAGGAGCUUCAAAUUAUCUGGAAGUGUCUCUAUAAUCCUUCUGAGGUUGACUGAUUCAAACAGCUUCUUCUUUCCUCGUUAUUGCUGAUGAUUUUGGUCCUUCUCAUUGUGUUAAAGGGGCUGUAUCAUGUAAAAUCAUCUCUUUUUUUGGCUUUACUUCAUGUUAUAAUCAUACUACCUAAUCAAAAACAUACCUGGAGGUCAUGCAUGUUUGAGAAAUUCUCCCAUUACAACCAUUCAGCUAUGUAAGAUGUGUAGUCUCACUGAGUGACGCCUUUCUACACAAGCUCCUUCAGACUAGCGGUAGCAGCAAUUAGCAAACAGCUAGUGGAAGUGUGAGUCUGCUGAACUCAUCAUAGGAACUACUUAGCAGUGCAGUGCUGCUAAAAACAUUGUAAUGAGUGUCAGAAAGAGCAGGAACUUCUUAAAGAGACACAGGCCCAAUUUCAAAAUAUUCAACUGCAAAAUCAAAUUUAUUUUAAGUAAUUUUUGACGUACACAGCAUUUUUUAUAACAACAAAAGUUAACAUUUACGUUAUUGUGCUAUAAAAUGGCACUAUGUACCUGGAAAAGACAUAGUACUGCCACUUUAACACAAAUCUGCUGCAUGUUGCAGCAAGAAACCCACGCUUUUAUAGAGGUGGUCAGACUUGCUGAUGAUCAAUUACAAAACAGCACCUCACUGCUCCUUUUUUCCUAAAAUCUAAAACAAGCAUCAUACUAAUACUUAGAUUUUUCCCUUGACUGUGCUGACACUUAUCAAAACUUUGUUUCUUCCACCUGUGUAAGUUAUGUCAGUAUAACAAGUCAGUUUGCUGCUGAAUAGGUAGAAGAAAUUUGGUCAUUUUCACAUUCAAAGAAUGUGAAAAUAUACUGACCACAUUGGUAAUCCGUUAUUUUAAAUCAACUUGUUGUAUUGACCAUAGCACUUGCAAUUCAGAGGAUUAGUACAAAUAUUUUUCCUGUGGAUUUUGAGAUAUGACACUUGAGUCCUGUAGCUUAGGUCUAUUUUUUUUCUGAAUGUUUUUAAUUUAUAAGUGCAUAUUUAUAUUUCUGAUCGGGAAGCUCACAGAUUAGGAUUGUUGUGGAAACAUACAUAGACAAAGCAGGAACUAUAGAUUUAUUUCUAGAAACAGGAAUAUAAAAUAAAAAAAUAAUUCAAAUUAGCAGAGCAAACCAUAACAUGCUGUCUAAAACACAAAUGAUAUCAAUUUCCAACACUUUGUUACUAGACAUCAAAUGGCUCUUUCUAAAAAAAGUGAAGGACAAAAACAAAAGUAAUUUCAGUUCAAUAUGAUUACAAUUUAUAUAACCCAAACCCACUCCACUCAAUCUAAAUUAUUCCAGUGAAACCCAUUUGGUUCCUUGUUGGCAGGGAUUUGUUGUUGAUUUAUUGUUAUGGUUAUUUUUUUAUUUUUUUAGGUGCUAUGUAGCUCGAUAAUCAACAAUCCUAACCCUAUUAAGAACUGUUUUCUACUACCUAAAAUCACCUUUAAAAAAUUGUGAGAUUGUAAUAACAAAAUUUAUGCAUUUGCCUUUGAAAAUAGGAUUUUAUGAUUGUCAGAAAAUGAUUGGACUUUUCUGAGGCUAACAGAAAGCAACAAGAAGUUUUGUGCUAAGAUUUCUGUGCAGUCUUAAUAUUUACCUAACUAUUCUGUGCAAACAGUUUUCUAACUGUGCCGUGCUUACAGCUCGCUGUUCUAUUCUCACACUAAGCUAAAUGUUCUUCUUGCUAACAGUUCUGUGCUAACACUUAGCUAACAUUUUCACUGUAAAACAGAGCUAACUUCUUUGCGAACAGCUAGCCGAUCUUCUUGCUAACCCUUAGCUAACAGUUCUAAGCUAACAUUUGCAUUGUAAAACAUUUAGAUAACUCCCUUGCAAACAGCUAGCGGAUCUUCUUGCUAACUCUUAGCAAACCAUUCUGUGCUAACACUUGGCUAACAUUUUCAUUGUACAACAGAGCUAACUUCCUCACGAACAUCUAACUGAUCUUCUUGCUAACACCUAGCUAACAGUUCUGAGUUAACAUUUGGCUAAUGUUUGCAUUGUAUGGGAUCCUUCUGAAUAUUUAGCUUACUGUUGCAGCCUGACAGUUUAUAAAUUGUUCUGUGCUAAACUUAGCCAAGUGUUUUAUGCUGACAGUCAUCUGUUUAAAAACAGGGAAUGAGAAACUUUCUUGUUUUAGCUUGUUAAAAUGUGUUUUAUGUUUUAACAAGGUUUUCUAUCUAAAUAAAACCAAAAUAUGUUCUAGUCACAGCAGUAAAUUUCCAACAACGCAGGGUGUUUGAGUUUCAUUUAGAGAAAACAGUGAGACGAUGGAGAGUGAGAGGAAAACCUUUAUGCCUUUUUAAGAAGUGACCCGUCAGGUACAUAUUUUUGUAAGUUAAUGAAAAGAGAAAGUUAACCCAUAUUAUUUAUUUGGAUCUCGUUAUGACUGUAAACCUUUUUGCUUUAACGAGACAUUGCUCUUGAAUAUAUCCUAUCCCUGGCAGUUAAAUGCUCCUCUAUUUUCGUGCUAACAGCUAGCAUCAAAAUGUUGCAAAUGCAUGUUCUUUGCAGUUUAGGCAGCGAUGUUUGCUCUGCUAACACUGUAUAAUUUAUUUAUGAUUGUUUUGUUAUAUCUGUUUGAAACUGCUGGAGACUUUAGUGAUUUAAUUAGAGAAAUAUGUAAUGUCCUAGUUAUACUAGCUUUGUGUGAGCAAGUUUUUUUGAAAAACCUGUAUGUAAACAAAGCCUAUCGUGUGUGGAGAGAAUACUAUAUUAUCCAAGUAGUUUUAAGUGCCUGUGUAGGCCACCUUUUAUUUUAUUUUAUGUUUUUUUGCCAUUACUGUACACUCCACACCAACCAAAGAUCUGGGAAAAUGUUGCAAUAGUCAGCAAGCAUUUAUUAAAUGCAUGUAAAACCAAGUUUUUGAUGGUAGCGGUUCAAUAAUAUGCACUGAAUUUUAUGCUAGCACACAGUCUGUUUUAAUGUGAAGACUUCAUCUUAAAUGGAAGAUAAUUUUUUUAAAAAAGUCCUCACUAUAGGUAUGUGUUGAAUUUUUUCUGGUUUGAAUUUGCAUGAGUGUGGUUUUAUAUGUUUGCUCAUCGUUCAUGGUUUUUAAAGCUCAUGUUCGGGUUCUUGGAUGUUUGAAAACUUUUUAUCAUGAUUUUUAGGUGUUUGGGGAGGCAAUGCAAGAGAAAAUGUAUGUUUAAUUUUUAAUUUUUUUUUGAAAAGUUGUUUUCUUUUUCUUACUUGGUUUCAGAUUUUUGAAGCAAUAACCAUUGUUUGUUCGUAACUUUUCUUUGACCGUUUUCUUUUUUUCAUUUAUUAUUACGUUUACAUUCUGGUGGAUGAAUUUAAAUCGAUGUCUAAACUUCAAUGAUGGCUGCCAAGCUUAACAUUAUAAGUCACCGCCUUGCACUACAUCACUCUUAAUUGUAGAUGUGAAUAUUUCCAUGAGGCAGCUGUUACUUGGCAUCUCGCAGGAGAUUGAAGAUUGGACCUUUUGAAUUUUUUUCUCUUUGUUCUUUUUGGGUUUAUGGAUACUUUGUGUUCAAACCUUGUUUUGUUUUAAGUCAGACCUCAAACACUGGAACAUUUGUUUUGUGAACGUGUUACCAGUUACUUUUCUGUUUAUAAGUCUUAAAAAAAGUUGCCAAUUUAUUGCGCUGCAAAUUGUGAUUAUAGCAAAUUAUAUAGGUAUUCAUAUUUGAAUAAAUUACAUUCUGAAUA